GCCCUGCGCCGCCUCACCAGCCCGGCGCGCGCCGUGCCCGCCGCCGCCGCCUCCCCUCCCGCUUCGGUCGCGCGCUCUCCCCUUCCCGCCUUUUUGCCGUCCCUCAGCAGCCGGCGGGUCCGGUGCGUCCGUCAUGAGGCGCUGCCUCUGACAGCCGCCUCUUAUUCUCCGAGGCCAUGGAAAAAGAAAAACCGUUCAAACUGUUCGUGCCGCCGCGCCUGAGCAGUGGGCAGGUGUCUGCAGUCAAACCGCAGGCGAGCGCUCGGGCGACGGGCCUCUGUCAGGGUUUUAACAAAUGCCCAGAUGAUGAUUUUAAUUUGCCAUUUGUAAUGAGUACACCAAACCGUGGUGAAAUCACUGACUCAGACACAAUUUCACAGGAAGUAAAACUUGGCUCUGAGAUAGAUGAAGAGAAUGUAGAAACAGUGAAUGAAUUGUAUUCAAAACUCUACAAAGAGGCUGAGAAGAUCAAGCUGUGGAAACUAACUGUAGAGUCAGAACUAAAGCAGAAAGAAAGAAAACUGCAGGAAAACAGAAAGAUUAUUGAAGCACAGCGUAAAGCCAUUCAGGAAUUGCAGUUUGAAAAUGAAAAACUAAGUUUAAAACUGGAAGAUGAGAUAUCUGAAAAUAAAGAUCUCUUAAAAGAAAACAGCGCCUCAAGGCAUCUGUGUAACCUGCUCAAGGAAACCUGUACUCACUUCACAGAGAAGUCCACCAAAUAUGAACAUGAAAGAGAAGAAACAAGACAACUAUAUGAGGAACUUAAUAACAACGUUGAAAGGAUGAUAGUGGCAUUUGAAGAGCUUCGUGUGCAAGCAGAGAACACCAGACUGGAAAUGUGUUUCAAAUUAAAAGAAGAAGCAGAAAAAGUGGACAAGCUUGAAAAAGAAUGCCAACUGGAAGUCAGUGUGAAGGAAAAGCAGAUUGCAGCUCUUACCAUACAGAGUGAUGAAAAAGAUGAUGUAAUAAGAGAUAUGGAGACUCAGCUGCAGGAAUCAAAAAAUAAGAUUGCUGACUUAGAAGAAGCAAAAAGACAUGAAGGAGAAAUGUUGAAGGAAUCCCAGAUCAGUCAAGAACAUUUGAGGGCAGAACUGGAAGAGGCCAAAGUUUCAUUGCAAAAAACAGAGGUUACUCAAAAGAGCUUAGAAACUGAAUUGCAGACUGCAGUGAAAGCAUUAAUUGAAGUGACUGGAGAAAAAGAAGCACAGGUGGAAGAAUGUAAAAAAACCAAGGCUUUGCAUGUAUCCCUGAGAGAGGAGUUUGAGACUUCCAUUUCCAAUUUGAAAAGCUUGCUGCAAAAAGAGCAAAAUAGAUCAGAGAAAUAUGAAGAUGAGUCAAAGCUACUGACCUUGGAGCUCAGAAAUAAAUCUGCUGAACUGGAAGAGAUGACUAAACUAAAAUGUGACAAAGAAAUGCAACUGGAAGAGCUGUCAGAAACACUGGGAAAACUUGAAGCACUUCUAGUGAAAAAGCAAGAUUUUGAGGCUACUUUAGAAGAUUUGCAGGAGAGAGAAAAAGAAACGAAAAAUGUUCUCCAAAUCAGAGAGAAAGAAAUCCAAGAUUUGAAAGUCCAACUGACCAGCACAGCUGAAAAGGAACAAAAUUAUUUAGACCAGCUUAAGGCACUGAACACAGAUCUUGAACAAGAGGCGCUAAAGAAUGAACAACUAACAGCAUAUAUCAAUGAGCUUUCAUUAGAAAAAGAGCAGAUAGCACAAGAGAAACGUGCUGUGGCUACAGAACUUGAGAAACUGCAAGAGAGCCAUGAGGAUAGUAGGAAAAAAGAAGAAAAUACAAAGCAGUUAGUUGAAAACCUGGAAGAAGCAAAUGGCCAGCUAAGAAAUGAACUAGAAUCUUUGAAGGAGAAGAUGGCUAAGAAAGGUGAAGAGAUUAAAAGUAAACUGGAUGAAAGAGAAGAAAAUGCCAAGAAUAUUGAAAAUGAAAUUUCAAGAAAGGAAAAGCAGCUGAAAAUUUUAGAAAAUAAGUUGAAUAAUUUAAAGAAACAAGUGGAAAAUAAGAACAAAUGCAUUGAAGAAUUGCAACAGGAGAAUAAGGUGCUGAAAAAGAAAAUUACUGCAGAAAGCAAGAAAACAAGUAUUUAUGAAGGGAAGGUGAAUAAAUUAGAGUUAGAGAUGGAAAAUAUGAACAAGCAACAUAAGGAAACAAUUGACAUCUAUGAGAAGGACAUCGAAACAAAAAAAGUAAAUGAAAAUAAGCUUCUUGAAGAGGUAGAAAGGAUGAAGUUGCUUGCUCAUGAAGCAACAGCAAUCCAGAGGGAAACUGAUAUCCGAUGUCAGCACAAGAUAACUGAAAUGGUGGCACUUAUGGAAAAGCACAAGCGUGAAUAUGAUAAAAUGGUUGAAGAAAAAGAUACUGAGUUAAAGCUUUAUAAAGUGAAAGAUCAAGAGCAGUUCUCAUCAAAGAGAGCAUUGGAGAAUGAGCUCUCGUGUUUGAAAAGUGAACUGUCAUCCCUUAAGGAACAACUUAAAGCAGAAAUUGAAGAGAAGGAGAGUCUUGCAAAAAAAGCCCUCCAAAAUAUGGUUCCUGAAAAUGAGAAGAAGCACAAGAAAAUACAGACUCAUUUUGCUGAGGCUCCUAAAUCUCAAUAUGAUCUCGACUAUGAAUCAAUUAGUAUAAAGAAUAAAAAGUCUCCAAAUGAUGUUCCUACAAAAGUCAACAUGAUGGAAAAGACUAAAAUGCCUCCUUCAGUAUCUGCAAAGAGUCCCCUGGGUGGUCCAUCGUUCAAGGGUUACAUGAUAAAGACUCCUCCAGUACAGAAACUGCAGAGUGAAAGCACAAACCUGCUCUCAGAGGAGAGCAUGAGGAAAAAGCAGAAAGUGCUGCUCCAGCUGGACACGCAGUCAGACAGCUCCGAGCAAAGCGACCUCCUGAGCCUAGUCUCGGAGGAAGAAAUGUUUAAAAAACUGUACAGGGAUUAUCCUCAGGCUUCCCAACUGUAUGCCAUGACACCAAAAAAGAAACCAGCUACAUUAAACGUGAAGACCCCAGGCUCUGUCCUGAAACUGUCAACCAUGAGGAAGAUGCGCGAGGCGGGAUGGACGGCAGUUUCCAAACUGGACAGGAAAAGGAAAAUGAAAGAAGCUGAGAAGCUCUUUACUUAAAAUGACAAACCGACCAGUGCCCUAGCAUGGUCUGAUGAGUGCAGCCACAGUAGUAGUAUUCUCUCACAGUUAGUACAUUGUUGCAUUUUCCUGUCAUACUCAGUAUGUUUAAUACUACAUUCGUUUCCUUUAUACACUUAAAUGUUCUAGAUACGUAACUCCAUCCACCUGUAGAGCAGGUUUUGCAUUUCAUCCCCUACACUACACAAAGUCGGGAGACAAAUCAGCCCAUUUUUAAAUGUUGAGAUUGGUAUAACUACAUAGAAAGCUGUUUCAAAAAGAAAUACAAAAGUCUGGCAUUAGAAAUACUGGUUUUAAAGAAAUUCAGUUUUGUUAUUUUAAAUUUAUUAUCUUUCUCUUAAUGCAUAAUUCAUAAAAGGAUAUUACUUAGUGAAAGAAAUCCUGAAGCUGUUAAACUGCAUGUGCUUUUACCUGACAUCGUCUUGCUCUUCUGUUCCUUUUAAAUGUUACUAGAAUUGUCUUUUUAGACUGUUUCGUUUUCAGUAGUUACUAUUUCAAUGUGUUAAAACAGUUUUGAAACUUUUAAAUUUGAAUUUCCAAUAGAACUACUUCAGUUUAAAAAGAUUUCGGCUUCAUGAAGAAUGAAAUAUGCACAUGUUUGAAGAUUGUAAAAGCAAUGUUAAGAUGUUAUUAAAUUGUUUAUCUGAAAUAUAAAGCGUGGGACCAAAUGGUGCUCUCUGGAUAAGAACACAGAUAUAAAUCGCCAGGCAGCCUUCCUAUGGACUAACAGCUUCUGCCACGUAGGCAUAAGAAUAGUUUAGAACGACAUAUAUUUCUGUGUUAAUCCUUGAUUAAUCCUAGUUUCACAACAACAACCACCUGCUCCAGAGCUUAGAGACAAAAGAAAACUACAGAUACAUCUUAAAUUACUAUGAAAGAUCAAAAUCCUGGAUGCAUCUGACGUGGGUAGGAGAACAUCUGCGUUUCAUGCUUUUUGUGUAGCAAUUUUAGGUAUAGGUUUGGCGUUUGGGUACCUUAUGCUUUAUCUGUUGACAGUGAUAUUAGUAAUGAUUUUUUAUUGUGUGUAAAGAAAUGACAGAUACUCUCCGGAGGUCUGAAAGAAUAUACUGUUCUUUUUCUCUAUAUUUGCAAAUGGGAUCUGUUACACAAGCAGAUUUUCUGAGAAGUUUGAAUGACUUUUCUUGCUGGAAAGAUUUCAAAUGUUUGCAGAAUAUUAAGUUUUUAUAAUAAAUCUGCUCAAAUAGUGUAAAUUAGACCAAAUGCAGAACAGAGAAGCUGGUUGUAACACACAACUUCCAGAUGUCUGUUCUUUCCAGGAAAGAUUAUUUUACUGUGGUAGUGUAAAAUAAUCCAUUUAAACCUCUCCCCCAUACAUGAAUUACUUCUUUUUUGCCUGGAUACAGAGACUGUCAUGCAAAGUCAGUUAUUCCUCAUUUUAAUUUGGGAUGUUACUAAUAUCUCUUCAGCUGCUCUGCAGGAAAAAGGAAACACAACAUAGAUGUGCAGUUUGACAUUUAUUUUAACAGGGCUGGUGUUUUAUACAAGACCUGAACACUUGCCAGUGUUUAUUACUUCAUUUCAAGGUGCCGUAUGUCGAAUUUUGACUGUUGUUGACAUCAGAUUCAACAGAUAUGCAGACUCAUCUGCUAAGCUAGUUACUGAGCAAGCAAAACUAAGAAUUCCAGUUGUUUCUGAAUAUAAUGAGACUUCUACUAUCAAGUCUGCCCAGCCAGGGCUCACACAGAGAUCCAUGAACUAUAGUUUUGCAAUCUUGAAGUUAAGAUUCAAAAUCCACAUCAAGCUGCCUUCCCAUAUUCAUAGUAUGUGAUACUUGAAUGCCUUGCUAUAAAAAAUAGGUUUUAAAUUAUUAUUCAUUGAGACUUUAAACGAAAAAUAAAUGUUUUUUCUUGGUAUCUCCCAAACCUGAUUUCCAGUGUAGUGGUAUAGGUGCAGUGUCCGACAUCAUAGGAGAAGAAAUGAUAAGAAACAAGCAGUAAGAAUUAGAAAUGCUGGUUAUUGUAAGAGCUUCUGCCUCUCACAGUGAGUCUUGCAGUAAAUGUCUGGACAGUGGAGAAAAGUCUUGCCACUUGAACAGGUAAGAAUUCAAGUCUGAGCUACCUACAUCUAGACUACAACAGUGAGUAAUCAGUUAGGACCUUGUUAUUUUCCAGUUCUGUCAUGGCUAUGUUAUGAAUCUGUGAUGCAUCUUGAUACCAUGAGUGGGUUGUGUAGCGCGGUGUAUAAAUCAUCUACGGAACUACAGAAAUCCUAGUAGUAUCACAACAGAAAUCCUACAGGAAAUAAUAAUCAACUAGGAAGGAUGUAAAUCAUAUUUGCCUCAUAUGAUGCCUGUUUCUGUGCACAGAUUAUAUAUAGUACAUGAAACUGAAAAUAUAAGCAACUUUAUUAGGCAUUAAUCCAGCUUGCAUAGGAAAAGCAAAUGAAAAUUAAGAAAUGUUUGUGAAUCCUUCAGGAAAGUAAGAAAAGAUCCUUAGAAAAGCACCCUUGCAGGACUCAGCCACACUGCCCAGUGCAGUACAGGGUCUCGCAGGCAGUAUUGAGCAGCAGAUGGAUGUCCCAGCACACACUCCUCAUUCAGACUCCCCGGACCUCUCUGCAGGGCUGGGUGAAACACUGAGAUCUCUGGGGGAAGCAGCAAGUUCCCUGGGGUUAGAGAUGGGUCCCGUAUACCCCCAGCAGUGCUGCCUCACCUGAUGGCGGGUAGCUGUGUAACAUGAGAGGAAGGGGAGUGUUACAUGCCAGCACUUGCUGGUCUUACCUCACAGUGCCUUUCCCAAAUUGGACACUGCACUGGAAGAAUGGCAUUAAACAGUUUCCUCUAAGCAUAUGUGAGAAAGAUAUUAAAAUCUGGAUUGAAAAGGUUUCAAAACCCCUCAGGUGUGUGUGGUAGUUAUUCUAAAGGACAACUAUUUCUAAACCAGGACUAAUAUUCCUUUAAAGUUUUAAAUUGAAAGGAUUUUUAAAAAACGCUACAGGAGUGAAAUGUCUCUCAAGAAAGAGCCUUGUACAAAUAAGGAGUUAUUCCUAAAAUCUUCUCUGUCUCUAGACAGUAAAGUACUGAAUUCAG